AUCUAGACCUCUACUCUAGUGUUAAUUAUUGAAAUCACUUUCAAAAGUUAUCAAGGUCUGGAGUCUAGAUCUAUAGACUUUAUUAAAUAUUUUAAAUCUAUAAGUUAUUAGAUGUAUUCUAGAUCUAGUAGACCUAUUAUUUUCCAAUGUUUCAAAGUCUUUUAAAAAAAAUAGAUUGCAUCUAGACUCUGGGAUCUAGAUCUACAUCUAGCUUCGUUUUUUUAAUAUCCCAUUAUACACAACCAAGAUGGCAACGCCCAUACAAAAACUAGCCAAUCUUUCUGCUAAAAUAUUUGGAAUGGUGUCUCCCGAUAAAAUAACGAAGGAACACCUCACACCUUUAAUUAGAGCGAUAAAUGAGAUAAAAAUGGAGGACGUAAACUUCGAUGUUAAGGAAAUAGACGAGAUAGAUAACUACAGAAAACAUGAUCAACAAGAAAUUGCUCCUGUCACGUACAUUCACUUACAUCAGGACAGGACGUUUACUAUGUCAAUAUUUGUACUUAAAUCGGGUGGAGUUAUACCUCUUCAUGAUCAUCCGAAAAUGCACGGUCUCUUAAAAGUAAUUUGUGGAGCAGUUAAAAUUAUUUCAUAUACAGAAAUUAACAAAUUGCCUCUGCCAGAAGAUUAUAAUUUAUCAAAUUCUCAGUCACAACCUUUAACAAGAUCAUAUUAUAAAAAUAUAAAGACUGUUCAAAAAAACAAUGACAUUAUUUUGACAGAUAAAGAUGACUGUUGUGUUUUGAUGCCUAUAGAAGGCAACAUCCAUGAAAUUCAACCAGUAACAAAUAUAGCUGCAUUUUUGGACAUUUUGGCACCACCUUAUGAAAGUGAUCAAAGUUGCCACUAUUAUCAAGAGCUGCCAUUUUCAAAAUUGAAUAUUAAAUGGCUUUUAGAAAUUCCACAGCCAAGAAGUUAUUGGUGUGAUACAUUAAAAUAUAAAGGAGUUCCUCUAUUUGACCCAAUGUGACACUUCUAGUAAAUAUAAAACAAUUUCAUUCAUUUUUUUCCCUGUAAACUAAAAAGAGUGUGUUAUCCAUUGUUUUAAUUAUUUAAAAAAAUGUUUGAUUGAAAUAAUCCUGCUUAGAAAAAUAAUUAAUUGUAUAAAUUCCCAUGCUAUCAAAGUUGACUUUUAACCUUGAAAACCUUUCUUUAAGUAUAAUGGUAUGCCUUUUAUUAGGUGCAUUGAUUAGCCUAAGAUGAACACUUCUUUAGAUAUUAUCAACAAUAAAUUUUGGAUAAUGAUCCAAAUCUGGGGUCCACUAGUUUAUUGAUAAAAACAUUAACAGCAUGUUCAUUGCUUUUUAACUGAUCAAUGUAAAUAUAUUAUUUAAAGGAAAACUAUUUAUAACUUGAUUACUGUUUCUUUUUCAAACUUAAAAAAAAAUCCAUUCAUUUAGCAUUAAAUUGAGAAAAAAAAAGACCUUUAAAAGUGUAAUAUACCAUAUAAUUUAGGUAUAUUUAUUUAAAAUAACUAGCUAAAUUUUCUAGUAACCAUUUAAUAGGGUAAGAUAUAUGGGAAACUUUAAAAUGCAUUUGCCAAAUGUUUGGACAUAUUGUUAAUAUUGGAAACCAGCUAGAUUUUUAUUUGAUCUUGUCAUCAUUCCACAAAAAAAUAAAUAAUUUGAAAUGAUUUGUAAACCUUAUUCAUCACAUUUUUUUUAAAUGGAAAAUUAUGUUAUUUUAAUUAGCAUAUAUAUUGCUAGAAUUGGUUGUGUGAUGUAGACAUUUUCUAUGAAUCAAAUACCUGUACUUGUUUCUUCUUUUUUUUAUCCUUCUUUAAAUAUUUCUUUUCAAUGUGAUAAUAUACCAACAUUGAUAACUUUAAGAUUCUAAAUGAGAAAAGUCAUGUUUUCAUAAAAAUAUGAUUUUUUAAAAAAUCCUUUUUAUUUAUAUACCAGUAUUUUUUAAAAAAAGGUGUUCUGUUCCAAUUUAUUGAAAAGUGAAUGUCAUAGUCUCUUAACUAUUUUCUUUCAGUGCAUAAUUUCUUUGAUUGUCUUUCAAUCAGCUACCACAGCAGUAUUUGAGCUUUAAAGAUUAUAAAUUUGCUUCAUUGUAUUGGGAUAUUUCUAUAUGCUUGUUUUAACUCAAGACAACUUCAUCUUGAAAUAAUUGUUCAUUUUAAAAUAUCUGGGAGGACGGAUAUUAAUGUAUUAUUAAAGUAUUUAUAUAACAUAUAUAUUUCAGUUAUUAUUAAGGUCUUUGUUUUUUAAUUUUGUUUAGUAAUGUUUUAAAUUUUUUAACAUAAUUGUGACAAAUUCACUAUUGAUAUGUUUUCCUUUUUUGCAUUGCAAUAGAAACAUGAAACAUAUGUUCAUACUAGUGCACCUAAAAUUAAAUUCAAACCGUCUUUGUUUAACUCUUUUAAAAUAAUAAACUAAUUUAAAUUAGUUGACUGGUAUAUCCAGUGCGUUUUUUUGCAAGAAAAUAGGUGCGGACUCGGUGAUGGAUUGCCUAACGUUUAGCUACUAAUAAAUUAAUUUAUAAACGUUAAAAUACAAGAAAAGUAAUAAUUUUUACCAAAAUCGAAAAAGUUGCCAGUACAUGUAUUGGUGCGUACUGUCACAAAAAAAGCACUGGUUAUAUCUAUGAAACAGUUAGUGGGUAUUGAAAUAAUUUUUUUUUUCUAAAAUAAAAAUAUCAAGUCUACAUUGUAUGUUUUUUAUAAUGGUUUAUUGUUAUACAUAUAUAGAUACUGGUAUUAUACUUCUUAUAUUUCCCAGUAUGAAUUAAACAUUGUGUCGUAAUCUAUUUUGAGUUAGAUUUGUAAAAUAUGACUGUUGUUCCUUCUAAAACCAUUCAACCUUUUCACAAGUUAUUAUUUUCUGUUCCUUCUGAUUGUAUUUUUCAAAUGUGAUCGGCUGAAAGAAAAAAAAGAGUUGAAACUUGCUAGUAUGUAUGUAUACUUCAACCAAUAAAUCUGAUACUUAUUUUUUUCUUAAGUCUUAUGUUGAAGUAUAUUUCACAAAUAAUAGUGCUAUUUUUGCUUCGUUUUCAUUUAAAUCUUGCUGAAGUUUAUGAUAAAUGGAAAUGACUCAACACAAUUGUUAUAAUUGUAAAUGGUAUAUUAACUGUAAUUAAUGAUUCAACAUACUUUUACAUUGGACAGACUCACUCUAAUCAAAGAUUGUUUUGUUUUUUCUUGACAAGUUAAAUUUCAAGAAUUUCAUAUGAACUCCGUUGGUUUUGUAAUUUUGUUUCAGUUAUAUUUGAAAAUAGGUACUAUUAUUUCUUAUUAAGGUUUACACAAUUUUAUAUAAUCAUUAUAUAACCAGUUAUGAAUACAAAAAAAAAAACAUGUUCAUUCAAAAUAA